AAGAUGACUCCCUCUGUCAGCCUGCAGCUGCUGCUCCUGCUCAGCCUCUCUCGGGCACAUCCUCUCCAGGAGGAAGGAAGUGGAGAGGAGGAGGAUGACAGUGUUGAUAUCAGCACCAGGAUUCUUGCCUCCAACAAUGCCACAGAUGAGAUCUUGCUGGAAGGAGACUUGUUGGCUCCCAGAACCAGAAACGCCAUGACAUGCUGGUCCCAGAGCUGCCUGUGGAGGAAAGCCUCCAACGGCAUGGUGACAAUCCCCUUCACGGUGAGCAGUCAGUUCAGCAGCUGGGAAAGGCAGAAGAUCGAGAACGCCAUGAAGGCCUUCCACAGCAGAACCUGCAUCCGCUUUGUCCCCCGUCAGAACCAGUACGACUACAUCAGCAUUGAGAACAAAGCCGGAUGUUUCUCGGCCCUGGGAAGAACAGGAGGCAGACAGGUCCUCUCUCUCAACAAGCAGGGCUGCCUCUACCACGGCAUCAUCCAGCACGAGAUCAACCAUGCUCUGGGCUUCCAGCACGAGCAGACCAGGAGCGACCGCGACUACUACGUCAGGAUCAACUGGGAGAACAUCGACCCGCAGAUGGCUUACAACUUCUACAAGCAGAACACCAACAACCUGAACACUCCCUACGACUACUCCUCCAUCAUGCACUACGGAAGGACCGCCUUCUCUAUUCAGUACGGCAGGGACUCCAUCACCCCCAUCCCUGACCCCAACGUCCAGAUCGGACAGAGGCAGGGCAUGUCCUAUUGGGACAUCAUGAGGAUCAACCUGCUCUACGGCUGCUGACAACACCACAUCUGAUCUAAAGUUAUCAUUUAGCAAAACAAAUGAACUCAAUGCCAAAUACAACAAAUUCACAUUUUUUCUCCAUUUACAUGUAAUGAAUAAAACGCUACUAAAAUGUAUGUGAUCCAUGACAUACUCUUCACAUUCUGUGACUGUAAUCUUUGAAAUGUUCACACAAAGAAAUAAACAUCAAAGAGCAAAUGAAGUUACCUCAUGUCUAAAUUAUCUGUGAAAAAGUUAAUGCAGAAUGAAAUUAAUAUAGUUGGUUA